AUGAGCGAGAUCUCAAAACCACACAUCGACGGAGUCGAAAACGUGAACCAACUCGACGAAUUCACAGAUGCAUUUCGACGCGAUGAAGCACGUCUAGUCCGAAAGCUUGACUUGUACAUAGCCCCUGUGCUGAUGCUGCUGAUGCUGAUCAGCUACCUGGACCGUGGGAAUAUCGGCUACGCAGCUACGCAGGGGAUGAACGAGGAUAUCGGAUUGAAAGGGUCGGAGUUUAAUGUUGCCGUCUCGGUGUUUUAUAUCUUCUACGUCCUGGCCGAGUUCCCUGUCUCGCUGUUCGCCAGACGUCUGCAGUUCAAUCGGAUUAUUCCAGCUGCGACCGUUGGCUGGGGUCUGGUUUGUUUAUGCAACGGCCUCGUACAUGACUUUGGCGGAUUGGUUGCAUGCAGACUUGUCCUGGGGCUGACUGAAGGGUUUCUGUUCCCGAGUAUGACGCUUAUGCUAGCAACCUGGUUCAGGAGGGAGGAAUUGGCGACGAGGAUUUCGUAUUUAUUCAUUGCAUCUGCUCUCGCCGGUGCGUUUGGAGGACUGAUUGCAUUUGGGAUCCUGUAUAUGGACGGGGUGGCGGAUUAUCCUGGAUGGCGAUGGCUUUAUAUAAUUGAAGGCGCCUUUACAAUCGUCGUCGGCGCGUGCUGCGUAUUCCUUAUCCCUAAAAACUUCGAGCAGGCGUACUUCCUCAAUGAAGACGACAAGAGAAUUAUGAGACGCCGAGCAGAGGAUAUGGAAGCGUACAGUGGCGGCAAAGGGCAUUAUACAAUGAGUGAUGUGAAAGCUGCGGUGCAGGAUAUGAAAACUUGGAUCCAUGGAUCAAUGCAGAUAUGUGCUGUGACUAUCCUCUACGGAUUCGGCACGUUCCUCCCUGUGAUUCUGAAGAAUGGGUUCAACUUUAGUACGGAGCAAGCGCAGUACCUUGUAAUCCCAGUAAACCUCUGGGGCGCAGUAAUAUACUGGCUCGGCGCCGUCCUCUCAGACCGCUUCAACGCGCGCUCUCUGGUGAUGGCCGUAGCAGCCCCAUUCGGGAUAGCAGGGUAUGCCAUCCUGCUAGCAUGGGACGUCCCAGCAGGCGUACAAUACUUUGCUACAUUCCUAAUUGCAACCUCGUGCUUCCUGUGCGCGGGCACCAAUAUCGCCUGGAUGUCGGGCAACUGUGCGCCGGAUGGGAAGAAGGCGGCCAGUCUGGGUAUCCAGCUUACACUGACGAAUAUUGGGGGUGUGGUGGCGGGCCAGAUUUAUCAGAGUGAGUCUGCGCCGCGAUAUGUCUUGGGAAAUGCGUGGAGUUUGGCGAGUGUGGCGGUUGUUUGGAUUGGGUGUGUGGUGUUGAGGUAUAUCUAUUUAUUGAGAGAGAGGGAGAAGCAGAGUAUGCGGGCAGUUGGAGAUGGAGGGAUUGAUGUACCGGAGUCUUGGAGGUCUACUGAUCGGGAUGUAGACUUCAAGUACAUGCUUUAG